ACCAUUUCUUCUUCCUCUUCUGUUGGGUCUCGCAGAGUCUUCUGUUCAGUACUCUCUUCCUGUCUGUUUCACCGUCUGUGUGACUCUGUCAACUGACAGCCUCUGAGCCUUAGAAGCCAUAACUACAUCUUGGGUUCUUUUCUCUUUUUUAAUUUUCAUGUGGGUAUGGCCUUUUGGUGGCUGUAUAAUCUUGCUUAAAACCCUAAAACCCCAUCUGGUUGUAUAAAGAUAAUAAGUGAAGUGUAUUCUUGAGUUCAAGCAUACUCUUCGUGCUUUCUCUGUCACUUUCCAUGUUCCUGAUUUGAGGUAAACUGUUCCCUUGCUCUCAAUUCUUAUUUCUUAGUCACGGUAUCAAGCGGUUCAAGAAGUAGGGAAUUAUAGAGAAUGCUAAGAAGCCAUUCCAAGGUUUUUGGUCUAAUUCUUGAUCACCUUUGGCAUUGGGUGUAAACAAAGCAACAAAUCCACACUGGUUAUUUUUCUGAAUCUGUGUGCUUCAUAAGUGGUUUUCUUUUUCAUAAUCUGUAUGCUUGCUUUACUUUUUUUUUAAUUGAAGGGUUUAUACUACUGGCUAUUGUCUCACUCUUAAGAUUUGGUUACAGUAGUUGAGGGUAUAUAUAGAUUUUUAAUGUCAUCAAUACCAUCCAAAAACAUAUGGAUGAGGAGGCAGCAAUGCCCUUGUGGAGAUUGGAAAUGUUAUAUUACAUAUGAAGGAGAUUCUGAAGAGUCGUCAAUUGCGUCCCAGUUGGUCAAGAACGACACCGUUCAAUCUGAAGCUAUGGUUGCACCAUACGUAGGAAUGGUGUUUAAGAGUGAUGAUGAUGCAUUUGACUAUUAUGGAAAUUUUGCUAGGAGAAAUGGAUUCUCCAUUAGGAAAGAAAGGUCUAGAUUGAGCCCUCAAUUGGGUAUUUAUAAACGUGAUUUUGUUUGUUAUCGUUCUGGAUUUGCACCAGCUAGGAAAAAGCCUACUGGGGAACACCAUAGAGAUAGGAAAUCAGUGCGAUGUGGAUGUGAUGCGAAAAUGUAUUUAUCAAAGGAAGUUGUUGAAGGGGUUUCUCAAUGGUUUGUUGUGCAAUUUAGCAAUGUACAUAAUCAUGAACUUUUGGAAGAUGACCAAGUGCGGCUUCUUCCUGCAUACCGGAAAAUUCAUGAGGCAGAUCAGGAGAGAAUUCUGUUGCUUUCAAAAGCUGGGUUUCCAAUACAUCGCAUAGUGAAGGUGCUGGAGUUGGAAAAAGGGAUUCAGGGUGGACAACUGCCUUUUCUGGAGAGGGACGUAAGGAAUUUUGUUCAAAACCGGAAGAAAAUUGUUCAAGAGAAUGAUGCUUUACUAACUGAAAAAAGAGAAAAUGAUACAAUGGAACUUCUUGAGGCAUGCAAGGCAAUGAAAGAGGUGGAUGAAGAUUUUAUUUAUGAUUAUACGGUUGAUGAGAAUGAUAAGAUUGAGAACAUUGCAUGGUCAUAUGGUGAUUCUGUUCGUGCAUAUACAUUGUUUGGUGAUGUGGUUUAUUUUGACACUAGUUAUCGCUCAAUCACAUAUGGUAUGCUUUUUGGAGCAUGGCUUGGAAUAGAAAAUAAUGGAAAAACCAUAUUUUUUGGUUGUGUUCUAUUGCAGGAAGAAACACCUCGUUCCUUUGCUUGGGCUUUGCAGGCUUUUAUCCGUCUUAUGAAGGGAAAAUGCCCACAGACAAUUCUUACUAGCCUAGAUAUGGGGCUUAAGGAUGCCAUAAGUAGUGAGUUACCCAGCACUAAGCAUGUUAUAUCCAUGUGGAAUAUUUUACCCAAGGUAUACAGUUGGUUUUCUCUUGCUUUUGGCACUCGAUUUGCAGAAUUUAAAUCCAAGUUUGAUGAGUUGUAUCGCAUUGAGAGCACAGAAGGUUUUGAACUUCAAUGGAGUCAAAUGGUUUCCAUCUUUGGACUUGGUUCAGAUAAACACAUUGCUUUGCUCAAUUCUUUCCGUACAUCCUGGGCUUUAUCCUAUGUGAGGGGCUACUUUCUUGCUAGAAUGGCAACAUCAUCAUAUUCAAAGUCUGUUGAUGCAUUUUUGAAAGGAGUGUGCAAUGCGCAAACAUGUUUGCGUAGUUUCUUUGAGCAGGUUGGUAUUUCUGCUAAUUUUCUGAACCAAGCACGCCAAGAGAUGCAAUACAUGCUCAUGAAGACAUGCAUACCUAUUGAAGAGCAUGCACGUAGUAUUUUUACUCCAUUCGCCUUCAACGCUUUACAACAUGAAUUAAUGUUGGCAAUGCAAUAUGCUUUAUCUGAAAUGGCUGAUGGAUCGUAUCUUGUACAUCACUUCAAGAAGAUGGAUGGAGAGCAUUUUGUCAUAUGGAUAGCAGAAGAUGAGCAGAUCCACUGUUCGUGUAAGGAAUUUGAAUCGUCAGGAAUAUUGUGCAGACAUGCUCUUCGUGUAUUCAUACAGAAAAACUACUUUCAUCUUCCUGACAAAUAUUACCUAAGAAGAUGGCGACAGGAAAGUUCACUAGUUUUCUAUGAUGAUCACUAUGCUCAAAGUAACAAUGGUGAAUGGUUUCAAGAAUAUCAGUCCCUGACUGAGACCCUGUUCACAGAGUCAUCAAUCACAAAGGAACGAUCCGACUUUAUCCGUAGGGAACUUCCAAAAGAAUUGACAAGGCUUCUUAGUGAGGUUAGAGAUAUGCCCGAGAGUGAAGGAGUCGCUAUGGAUUUGGCACUUUCACCCACUGGUUAGUUAAAGAUUGGUGGAAGCUCCUCUAUAAGUACAUGAUCAGAGGUGGAAAGAUCCAAAAUACAUAUGCAUUCUCAUAUUUCACUUCCAUACGUAAGGAGAACAGAUUUUAAAUGAAGAGCUAUUCUAAUGAAGGUAUACAAAUUAUCGUUUGGAUGGUGCUAGUCAUUCUGUUUUCUUUUUCGUUUUCUUUUCUCUGUUAAAAUCUUGUUUCUUUUACAAAUUGUGUGGCUGAUAUUUAAUAUCCAAAGAAAAAGAAUGUUUUGUAAUGCAUAAUCCCUGCUUUCUCUGGCUUUAGCCAUUUCUAUCUUUUAAAA